UCGCGCUGGGGCCCGCCCGCGGGGCCGGCUGCCUGUCAGAGGGAGGUGGCGAUGGUGCGCCCGGUGGCAGUGGCGGCUGCGGCGGCUUCCCUGGUCCGAGUGCAGGGAGGAGAAGAUGACUGACCGACCGACAGAAUGACUGAAUGAAUGAAUGGCGGAGCCGAGCGCGCCAUGAGGAGCCUGCCGAGCCUGGGCGCCCUCGCCCUGUUGUGCUGCGCCGCCGCCGCCGCCGCCGCCGCCUCAACAACCUCGGCGGGGAAUGUCACCGGCGGCGGCGGGGCCGCGGGGCAGGUGGAUGCGUCUCCGGGCCCGGGGCUAGGGGGCGAGCCCAGUCGCCCUUUCUCUAAGGCGACGACUCCCACGGCCCAGGCCCCGAGGACCGGAGCGCCGCGCACUACUGUCCAUCAGCCCCCGGCUGCGUCCUCUUCAGCCCAGUCCCCGGAGACCACCCCUCCUCGGGCGACGGCCGGACUCGCCGCGACCACCUUCCAGGCGCCUCUCAGCCCCUCGCCGACCGCCCCUCCGGCGGUGGACCGUACUCCGACCACCCCUCGCGCGACAACCAGACCCGCGCCGACCACCCUCUCGACGAGCACUGGCCCGGCGCCGACCACCCCCGUUGCGACCACCAGCCCGGCGCCCACCACUCCGCUGAGCCCAACCCCCGAGCUUCCCGGCGGCGGCACCGUCCCGCCCACCCCACCUGCCACAGAGGCCCCCUCUCCCCCUCCCCCAGAAUAUGCAUGUAACUGCUCUGUGACGGGAAGCCUGGAUGUGAAUCGCUGCAACCAGACCACAGGGCAGUGUGAGUGUUGGCCGCCUUAUCAAGGGCUCCGCUGUGACACCUGCAGGGAGGGCUUUUACCUGAACCACACUAUCGGGCUCUGUAUGCCAUGUGACUGUAGCCCGCAUGGGGCCCUCAGCUCGCACUGCGGCAGUUCUGGGAAAUGCCAAUGCAAAGUGGGUGUCACCGGCUCUACAUGUGAUCGAUGCCAAGAUGGAUAUUAUGACUUUAGUAAGAGUGGCUGCUUGCCCUGCCGAUGUAAUAAUCGGUCUGCCAGUUGUGAUGCCCUCACAGGUGCUUGUUUAAACUGCCAGGAAAAUAGCAAAGGGGAUCACUGUGAAGAAUGCAAAGAAGGAUUUUAUCAGAGUCCUGGUGCCACGAAAGAAUGUCUUCGCUGCCCUUGUUCAGCAGUGACAUCGACAGGCAGCUGUGUCAGAAAAUUGGGUGAAUUGGAACCUAGCUGUGUCCAGUGUAAAGAGGGUUACACGGGCAAGAACUGCAACACCUGUGAAAACGGCUAUUACAACUCUGACAGCAUCUGCACCAAGUGCCAGUGUCACAGCCACGUGGACUCAACCACAACUCCAAAGAUCUGCAAGCCCGAGAGUGGUGAAUGCAUCCACUGCCUCCAUAACACCACUGGCUUUUGGUGUGAGAACUGCCUAGAAGGCUAUGUCCGAGACCUCGAGGGAAAUUGCACCAAGAAAGAAGUUAUUGUUCCAACACCUGAAGGUUCUACCAUUUUGGUUUCCAAUGCCUCUUUGACCACAUCAGUGCCCACCCCUGUUAUAAAUAGUACAUUUACCCCCACAACCCUGCAGACUAUCUUUUCAGUAAGCUCUGCUGAAAACAGCACAUCAGCUUUAGCUGACGUUUCAUGGACCCAGUUUAAUAUCAUCAUUUUGACAGUCAUCAUCAUUGUGGUGGUGCUACUGAUGGGAUUUGUGGGGGCUGUCUAUAUGUACCGGGAGUACCAAAACCGGAAACUCAAUGCCCCCUUUUGGACCAUCGAGCUGAAAGAAGACAAUAUCAGUUUCAGCAGCUACCAUGACAGCAUUCCCAAUGCAGAUGUGUCAGGACUUUUGGAAGAUGAUGGUAAUGAAGUGGCUCCCAACGGGCAGCUGACCCUGACGACACCCAUACAUAACUACAAGGCCUAAGGAGCUAGAACCGUUGUCUGGACUAUUAGACCACAGCGCUCGCUAAGACCCCAUCAGCUCCUGGGCCAGAUGAGGCCUGGGCAGAUUUGCUGAGAAAGCAAAAGCAUAGAGUGCAUCUGAAAUUUUCAGGUACAAAUUUGUAAUGCACUUAGCCUGUUACUUUUAGUUUCCCCCAUGAAGAUCUGAAACAGUUACUGUCAAUAAGGACUUGUAGUAAAGUAUAUUUUUGUACCAAACUACAUGGGAGUAUAGAAAGGCUGAACCCUACAGUGCAGCCCACAUCUACUUUGACCUCUGAAUAGACUUCUGGGGAAGUGUUCACCAAACCAGCAGAAACAGGAUGGAAGUGGAGGGGGAAGGACUGCCGGAAGACUUCAUCUCCAUUCCUGAGACACCUUUUUUAAAAGGAAAGUCAGGGAUGAUAUUCCUUUUACUGUGCUAAAAGACACCACGGAAGAAAGCUUAAGGUCUGGGCUGUAUCACAAUAAACAAUCUCAACUGUUUCUAAAAUAGGGGCAGAAAGUCUCAAGAAGAUCUUUAGAAAGGCUUGAUUUUUCCUUCCCCAAUUCUUGCUCAGUGAUAGGAUCAAAGCACAGGAUAAGCUUUUAAUGGUAGAAAGAGGAAGGCAACAUCUGGGAGCAGGAAGUUGAUGGUCCUCCUUAGGCUGUCAGUGUAAAUGGUGAAUUGUCUAAAAAUAAGGACUCUUCCUGCCUCUAGAGAAAUAAGGUGUAUAUAGUUAAUGUAGCAUAUCUGGUCAACAUUGUAUUUGUAUCUAUUUGUAAAAAAAAAUCAUGUCAUAUUUUAUCAUCUAGAAUUUAUUUGUACAGCAGUUAAUGGUGUUGUAAAAAGAAAAUACGGGGAUUGGUUAAAUAGCGUAACAUAGAUGGCAAUAUUGCUAGAGCUGGGACUCUGGUGACCAUCAGUCAUUUUUAGUCCCUCUUUGGACACUGUUGAAAUUUAUAAGAGGUUGAAUGUUUCUAACCUUUCUUUCCCAUUCUCAGUCUCAAAGUAGAGUUAUAUGUCCUUUGACUUACUAUAGAUUCAAGCAAUAGAUUUUUAAGUCAUUGAUUGUUAAGCUGGGACAGAGGCUGUGCUCUCCAAAGUACUCCCCCGAUUAGACAUUAGCCAGUCUACAUAUUUUCCAUAGAUUAAUGUAGAAUAUAUCCAUGAAAAAAAAAGUCUCAAAAUGUAAGAGAUAGUCUUCCAAAGGAAUUAGAAAUAUUUUAGUUCCAAAAGAAAAGCCAUCGUAUCGCUUGGGAUCCCCUGUCUCCAUACCUGUGAAAUAUUUAUAUUCUUCCUCCACCCCCUCAAAAAAAAUACCUUCUACAUUUGAACAUAGCUUAUCACCCAUAUGCCACAAGGUGUGUACCAUCUUCCUGCAGAGCUUCUUGUCGGGUUAGAGGGUAGCUCUGGAGGUGGGUGGGUACAGUUAGUCCUUGAUUUUAUACACAGUUUUUCCCUAGAGGCCACCUACUGUUGCUCUCAUCUGUUAUGAUAUUGACAGAUUGUGGGUUAAGCAAGCCAGGAAAAGCAGCCAGAAGUCAGAUAUAGAUAUUUACUAGGAGGAGUGGCAAACUGUCAAGUGGUUAGAAAAAAAAACAAAGAUUUAUUAGAUCAGACCUAGGAAAUCCACGUUAACAACCUUGCCUAACUUCCCCCAAGAAAAAUAUGGAAUUUGGUCAUCCCUCUGUAGGAGACCCAUAAGUUUUCUCAGGUUUUAGAGAUGAUGUUCUGGAGGAUGGACAGACAGAUAAUCUACUUCUGGUAACCUGAGGUGUUCCGAAUAUUUGGCCGUUGCUCACGAGAGUAGAGGUUAUGUGACAUUACAUUAUAUUAAAAUCAGUGAAUAUUGCUAUAGCCCUUUGCAGUUCACAAAACACCUUUCUUUUUUUUUUUUUUUAAAGAUUUUAUUUAUUUAUUUGAUAGAGAUAGAGACAGCCAGCGAGAGAGGGAACACAAGCAGGGAGAGUGGGAGAGGAAGAAGCAGGCUCCCAGCGGAGGAGCCUGAUGUGGGGCUCAAUCCCAUAACGCCGGGAUCACGCCCUGAGCCGAAGGCAGACGCUUAACCGCUGUGCCACCCAGGCGCCCCACAAAACACCUUUCUAUAUAUAUGUCCUCUGUUCCUCAUCAUAGCCCCCUGAGGAAGUAAUUAUUGUCCCCAUUUUAUAGAUGAGGUUAAAUAUCUUGUUCAAGACUAUACAAUACGUCAUUAUUAGGCUUGGGAUCGGGCCUCCUAACCGAAGCACAUAUUCUCUCCACUAUGUGCCAGUGCAGAAACUGCCUAGCCCCAGACAAAGAGGACUCGGGGAAGUGUCCUGUCUGUGACUGUUUCUAACUUCUGUAAGUGCAAGGUAUAGUCUAGGGGCAUACAGCUGUGAAGAAUCAUUUCGUGGAAAGAACACAGGAGGCUUACUAUCUAAAGCUAGUACUGGUGAUAAGAAAACAAAACUACCAUUUUGUGCUUCAUUAAAGUGAAAGAAUCUUCUCCAAGCAGGGAGGGAAAAUCUGCUUUCCCAGCAGCUUCCCCCAUGCACAUACAGACUGUGCACUGCACAAUUGCAAGGACGUGUGCAGACUGACACACCCGCCUCUCUCCCAGAUUGCCACCCCCUCGACGUGAGGGAUUGAGGGCAAUGAGGAAGAACCAUUGUUAAGUAGAAGUUAAACCAAUAGAGAAAGCAGGAAUGUUUGUCGGGGUCUAAGAGCCAAAGCCAAACAGUCCAGAUUCCGGCCAUAUAGAGAUUUCUUGAAACAGACCUUAAGAGAUACUGCAAACAUUGAAUUACAAGGAACACUAACCUCUAAAUACUUAUUAACAUCUCCUAGGUCAUGUUCUUAAUUCUUCCCAGUGGGAAAAAAAAAAAUUAAGGUCUUAAAAUUUGUUUUAAAAAAUAUUCUUUAGUGUCCCCUGCUUUUUGCUGGGGGAAAUCAUUUUGCUCUAGAAUUAAAAUCAAUCAUGAAGUGAUCUACCAGCAAAAUUAAACUAGGAAACUAGUAGGGAAUAUGCAUUACACAAUAUUCAUUCCUCUGAAGGCAAGACCCCCAUGAACUACGGUGUUCAGCACCAGGAUCCCGUCAGUCCUUUAGAAAGAUAAUACUGGAAGAAUUUUAAAUAAGGAUUAGAAAUGUGUUUAUUUUCAAAUAAGGCUAGUGUGAAUCUUACUGAUAAAUGACAGAUACUACUAUUAACUGAUAAUUGUAUCUUCAUUCAUUCAUUUUCGUAAGCCCUGAUGCAUUUCUGACAGGUGCCCUAGGUAGUGCUGUUAACUACGUCUGUCUUCCCUUAUUUUCCCCUCCUUCCCUGCAGUGUCAAGCUUCCAGACGUCUUUCUCCAGGUAUAGAGAAAAAUGGUAAUAAAAACUAAAGCUCACUUAUAUUAGGGUCCUGUGGAUUGAUGUGUUACUACUCUUAGGGGUACCCGCAUUUUAAGAGAGAACGGAGCAGAUGUGGGAUGGGAGGAGAGAGAUCUGGGGAGAGAGGAUUUGUAUAAGUGUCGGAUUAUAUGGCUACUCUCCAGCCCUAACGUCCCCCAGAAAAUUGGUCAUUAAAGCAGUACUCACUGCCCCAUUCGUUCAUUUUGGUCGGCGAGUACCUUCCGGACAUUUAGCCCUUCUCGUGCUGUUUCGGAGGCAGAGAGCUAAAGCAAUAGUACGUCUUCCUAAGAGCCUCAGUUGGGACGGGGCUAUUAGAUCAUUCACCCUGGUCCUCUGUUUUUUGUAGGACACACGGUGAACAUAACAGCACUUGUAAUGAACAUUCCCUGGUUCUUAUACUUUGAGGUAUGUGGGUAGGAGUUGAAUCUAUGCAUCUCAAGGAAAGCUCUCCGACAAAAAGUUCAGAGAAGUAAAAAGCGACCCAGUGUAACCUGUUAGAGCAAGGAGAGCAUUUCUGGCCUCACCCACAAAGAACUUUUGGUCCAUUAUGAUCUUCGUGGACAGUAUGGGGUUUGGGAACUAACAGGAGAUUGGUGUGUGCAGGGGAGUGACGGAAGGUUAGCGGCAAUUUUCCUCGUUAACCCUGAGCCACUGACUAUGACGAGGGAAAAAAACAGGAAGAACACACCGGUUCAUCCAAACACGUCAAACAACGUCAAACGGACUGAAGGCUAUGGAUCGUUAAAAUGGCAGUGGCUGAAUGAUGCUUUUUCAAAGGCAAUUGGGAGCCUCUCUUACUUGUUACUUCUGCGUAUACAAUGACUGCAGCCGGGGUGACAACGCGAGCCACGUUAGCCCAGAGCCGAAGGAUCCGCAGCUGAGUUCUCACACUAGGCACAAGCGCUCUGUCAUGCAUUACACGUCAGCCCGAGCGAUUAGGGAAUGUUUCUGAAACAUUAAACUCAUCUGUAUGUCACUAAAAUUCUAACACAAAUUUUAAAAACAUGUCUCCUACAUACGCUGUACUAGGCUUCAUGAUGCAUUUCUAAAUUUGUGUAUGAUUUGAAUAUAUGAAAAGAAUUUAUACAAGAGUGUUAUUUAAAAUUAUUAAAAAAAUAAAUGUAUAUAAUUUGUACCUAU